AUGGAUGUUAAAAGUGGCAUAAGCUGCUCCCAUUUUCAUGCCGCCCUCAGCUAUGCCCCAUUAGGCUGCCGUACAAGGACCACGCAGGAAGAAGUAAGAGACUCUCCUCCACCACUGCGUCUUGUUAUAGAUUGCAGCGACGAGGACGAGUUGUUAGGAGCUGGAGAAGUGGAAUCCUUUACACAAUGGGAUAUGGCUAGAGAUGCUCUUCAAAAAAUUGAGAUGAACUAUGCCGCAAGCCAUGCUUACUUCCUGGCACUAUACGCCGUUGCCAGCGAUGACGCUUUGACAGAAAUCAGACAGAGAAGCAUAUGGAGAAGUACCGGAAGAUGA